AGAGGUAUGCUGUCAUUUGUUGUGUUUUAAUAAACAUAGCUUAGUUAAAAUUGUGUUCUUAAUAUAGUAUAUAGCUGUCUCAACGACUCGCAGUCUUUCGUAUGGAUCGCUUAAAAUUGGUUCUACAAUAUUUCCAAUCAAAUUCUGAAUCCAUCUCCAAUGGAAUCUGUGUGAUAUUAGCCCUAGUAAGUGUUAAGCUCUACACAAGUUUUGAUUUUAACUGUCCGUGUAUACCCCAAUACAACAAAAUGUACGCACUUGGCGUAAUGUUCGUCCCGCCAAUUAUACUGUUCUUACUGGGAGUCCUAAUAAAUCGACAUACCGGGGUUAUGAUGGAGGAAUGGGCAAGACCUACAGGAAAGAGGACAAAAAAUCCAGCAAUUGUAAAAUAUUUAUUUUCAGCAAUGAUGCAGCGGGCCCUAUUAGCUCCCAUGGUGUGGAUCCUAAUGUCCCUGCUGGAUGGAAAAUGUUUCAUUUGUGCAUUCAGCAUGAGUGUGGACCCCAAAUAUUUCAAUGGGAUACCCAACAAUACAGGCUUGGACCUGAUCAAGAUCAUGGCUAAGGUGCCAUGUAAGGAAGACAUGAUCUUCAGGAAUAACACUUUCCGUAUAGCAGUCACACGCUAUGUGCGCUGUUACUCUCAAGCAAUAGGUUGGUCUAUCCUUCUUUUCCUUAUUCUUAUGGGGGCAGUUGCCCGAGUCAUCAAGCCAUGUUUCAAUCACGCCACUUUCCUCCAGACACGUUAUUGGAGCAGUUAUCUGGAUGUUGAGCAGAAACUCUUUGAUGAGAUUUGUGUUCUUCAUGCUAGAGAGUUUGCCAGAAAAUGCGUAGUGCAAUUCUUUGAGAGUAUGCAAGAUGAUAUGCUUCUCAGAUUGCCCCUGUCACAAGCCCUCAGAUCCAGGAAAACCCCCACUGAAUGCGAGGAGGAAGAGGAUCAUCUCCAUGGUAUAACCAAAAAGAAGCAGGUGGAUCACUUGCUCCAAACAUGGUAUGAGUGCAGACCUGAGCUCGAUGUGACUAAGAUGGCCUAUAAGUCCACUGUAUGUAUCUCCUGGGAGGACAAUGAUGGACAUAUCGUUCAGUCAGAUGUGUGAAGUCAAUGAAUGAAAAAAGAACCUAUGUUUGAAAGUUUGAAUGUAAAAACUUAAUUGGUUAAUCUGGGCAAAGGUAAGGCAAUCAGAUGUGGGUUCCUUAAUAUUAUUUGUAGCAAUCAAAAGCA